AGAGUACGAUGUCAGAAAUUGUCAUGCAGAGACAAGAAAUGGCCAAUCUACAGAGACAAGAUGCUGAGUUGGAAAAGACACAUCUUAUAGAACUAAAGGCAGAGCAGAUGCAAGACAGAGAGGAUCUGGAUAGAAAGAGUGAGAUGAUGAACAAAGAGAAACUGGACUUGGAGCUGAUGAGGUCUGACAUUCUGAAACAAAGUGACAUAUUAGAACAAGUGAUACAAGAUAUAGAAGAGGAAAAAGACAAACUGGAAAUCACAAAGACUGAGCUACAAAAGCAGAAAGAACAUGCAGACAGUCAGUUUGAUGAGAUCAACAGACAGAAAACCAACAUUAAAGAUCUGACCCUUCAGCUUCAGACAGAAAGAGACAAACUUGACAAUGUCAUGAACAGGAUUACCUUAAAACAACAACAACAACAACUCAAGGAAGAAGAGUUCAAAAGACAAACACAAGAACUGGAAACCAGUAAGAACAGUUUACUGGUAGAAAGAGAAGAACUGGAACUUUUGAGGAAGGAUCUCAACAGGAAGAAAGAAGAGGUUGAAGCUGCCACGAUCACCAUUAGUGGAGAGAGGGAACAACUCAAUGAGAUGAAGAUUAGUACUGACAAUGACAGACGAAUGCUCGAGAAUGAAAAGGACAGAAUGGAAGGAGAAAGGUCUGAGGUGAAAAUGAGAGAAGCUCAACUCUUGAAUGAAUUGAAAUCCCUAGAAUAUCUGAGGGAAAAGCUGCAACAGCUGGAUGAAAGGAUGAGUGAAGACGUGAAAAACAAAAUCAUGAGACUGGAGCAAAACAAUGAAGACUUAUUAAAACUGUUGAGUGUUUUGGGGCAAAAGCAUGAGGCUCUGGAUAAACUGAAGGAAAAUAUGUCAUCUUACACUGAGAUAUUACAAAGAGAAAGAGAAGGUUUGAAGAGUACGAUGUCAGAAAUUGUCAUGCAGAGACAAGAAAUGGCCAAUCUACAGAGACAAGAUGCUGAGUUGGAAAAGACACAUCUUAUAGAACUAAAGGCAGAGCAGAUGCAAGACAGAGAGGAUCUGGAUAGAAAGAGUGAGAUGAUGAACAAAGAGAAACUGGACUUGGAGCUGAUGAGGUCUGACAUUCUGAAACAAAGUGACAUAUUAGAACAAGUGAUACAAGAUAUAGAAGAGGAAAAAGACAAACUGGAAAUCACAAAGACUGAGCUACAAAAGCAGAAAGAACAUGCAGACAGUCAGUUUGAUGAGAUCAACAGACAGAAAACCAACAUUAAAGAUCUGACCCUUCAGCUUCAGACAGAAAGAGACAAACUUGACAAUGUCAUGAACAGGAUUACCUUAAAACAAGAACAACAACAACUCAAGGAAGAAGAGUUCAAAAGACAAACACAAGAACUGGAAACCAGUAAGAACAGUUUACUGGUAGAAAGAGAAGAACUGGAACUUUUGAGGAAGGAUCUCAACAGGAAGAAAGAAGAGGUUGAAGCUGCCACGAUCACCAUUAGUGGAGAGAGGGAACAACUCAAUGAGAUGAAGAUUAGUACUGACAAUGACAGACGAAUGCUCGAGAAAGAAAAGGACAGAAUGGAAGGAGAAAGGUCUGAGGUGAAAAUGAGAGAAGCUCAACUCUUGAAUGAAUUGAAAUCCCUAGAAUAUCUGAGGGAAAAGCUGCAACAGCUGGAUGAAAGGAUGAGUGAAGACGUGAAAAACAAAAUCAUGAGACUGGAGCAAAACAAUGAAGACUUAUUAAAACUGUUGAGUGUUUUGGGGCAAAAGCAUGAGGCUCUGGAUAAACUGAAGGAAAAUAUGUCAUCUUACACUGAGACAUUACAAAGAGAAAGAGAAGGUUGAAGAGUACGCUGUCAGAAAUUGUCAUGCAGGGACAAGAAAUGGCCAAUCUACAGAGACAAGAUGCUGAGUUGGAAAAGACACAUCUUAUAGAACUAAAGGCAGAGCAGAUGCAAGACAGAAAGGAUCUGGAUAGAAAGAGUGAGAUGAUGAACAAAGAGAAACUGGACUUGGAGCUGAUGAGGUCUGACAUUCUGAAACAAAGUGACAUAUUAGAACAAGUGAUACAAGAUAUAGAAGAGGAAAAAGACAAACUGGAAAUCACAAAGACUGAGCUACAAAAGCAGAAAGAACAUGCAGACAGUCAGUUUGAUGAGAUCAACAGACAGAAAACCAACAUUAAAGAUCUGACCCUUCAGCUUCAGACAGAAAGAGACAAACUUGACAAUGUCAUGAACAGGAUUACCUUAAAACAAGAACAACAACAACUCAAGGAAGAAGAGUUCAAAAGACAAACACAAGAACUGGAAACCAGUAAGAACAGUUUACUGGUAGAAAGAGAAGAACUGGAACUUUUGAGGAAGGAUCUCAACAGGAAGAAA